UAUGCCACUUGAGGCGUUCUUCCGGUGUCUGUUUCUGUCAAAAUGGCUCGUGUGGUACAAUCUAAGGUUGCUGUUGUUUCCACUGUUUUCUUCGUAUGUUUACAUUUCGCAUGUUGUAAUAACGGAAGAAGGGUUGGUGAUGCCUUGGAGACUGAGUUCAGUGGUUUCUCUGUGCCUCUUGAACACUCAUUUGAAGUUGAUGAUGUAGCAAAGUUUCAAGUGCGUGGAGCUCUGCUGUUAAAGCCUGGAAGAGAGCCGAGUGUCUCACUAAGUCAGAACCCGCUGUCAGAUGAGGACAGGACCAAAUUGAAGGAAGUGGCUGCAGUAGACGGUCUAUACAGGAUCAGAGUGCCUCGUGUUUUCCUGCAGGCUGACAGACAGACAGAGCGGCAGAUGGAAGGCUACCUCACAGCAUUCGUCAGAGCUUGUGCCAUGGUUGAGUCCCAUCUGAGCGAUGUGAUCGCGCUCCACACUGACGUCUCCGGGUACCUCAUCGGUGUCUCCAUAGUGACGUUACCUGGGGCCUGCAGGGGCACUGAGGUCGAGGAUGAGGUCGACCUUGAGAUUUUCAACACCACUCUCAGCAUAAUGGCUCCAGUGAAUGCACCUGGACCUGAGACGGCUUUCUUCCUUGAACGGAUGGAACAGGAAUCUGAGAAGAAAGGGAAGAACCCACAAGAGCAGAAAUCUUUCAUCGCUAAAUAUUGGUAUUUGAUUCUGGGUGGUGCAAUCUUCCUCAUGGUCACCAAUUCAGCACAGCCCCCAGCAGGGGGAGGCAGAGAGCAGAGCUGAGUCCCACUGAAGUACAGUUUCCUUACUUGUCCCCUUCUUCAGUUUGUAUUUAACCUUUAGUCAGCGUGACUAAAUGAAACCCCGUCUCCUUUCUGUGUCCACUCAUUCUGUCCUUCUGUCUUUUCAUGGUCUCUUCAGGUCCAAUGCCAAAUACUUGCAAUGGUGCUCCCUUUUGGGGUUGCCACAGUGGAUCUUUAGCACCAACCCCCUGCAUUUCCUCCUUGACUACAUCCGUCAGCCUCCUCUGAGAUCUUCCUAUUUUCCUCUAUCUUCAAUAUCCAGUGUUUGUCUUCUGCACAUGCUCAAACCAUCUCAGCCUUGCCUCUCUGACUUUGUCCCUCCUAUACUCUUUUCUAAUCUUGUUUGUGCUUGUCACUUCCAAUGAAAAUCUGAACACUUCCAGCUCCACCUUCUGUCUUUUGUCAGUGUAAUUGUCUCCAAACUGUACAUCAUAGCAGGUCUUAAAACCUUCUCUUUCACUCUUGCUGUUAUCCAUUCUGCAUUUUUCUCGUGCACUGUCUGUCUUUUGGGUUGGCCCAGGUAUUUAAAGUAAUUUUCUUUCCCUAUCUCGACUACUUGCAUUUUUAACAUUCCACCUGCGUUUCUCUCAUACAUGUGUGAUUGGGAGGAAAGGUGAAAAUGCCAAAAACAUGAAUUACAGAGAUCAAAUUUGUUUUUACUCGUCAGCUGUAAAAGGCUGAUUGUGUAUUGUCGUCACUACGCUGGGCUGGCAGGCGACAUCGACACCCAAGUUUGUGAAUGUGAUAACUCAGAACAAGGCGACAUAGAAUUUUGAAAUUCAUAGCAUAGGGGUAUCUACUAGGAGGCUCAGGGAUACCACUGGCAUCCACCAGUAUGUAUUAUUGGGAGUCUACAGGAUAAACCACCAGUAUAUCUGAAAUUAUUAUUCUGGCUAUAUUUAGCAUGUGUUUGGUGUUUGACCCCUGAGAUCGUCACUCUAUGGCCCUGUCACCCACUUAUGCCUUUUCUUCUCUUCUGUUGUGAAAAUGAACUGAAGCUAAUCUGGGAUGACCAAUCAGGAGCCACUAGAUGAUCACAGUUGAUUUGUAUGUUGUAACCAAAAAUAUUGCAGUAUUUAGUUGCUCUUUUCUUCUUCUC